AUGUAUCUUUCUAAGCUAUUUGAAGCGCUUAGUAAGAGUGUGGUAGCGUCUUUGCUUGCAAGGAAUGGUGAUGUGUUUCAUUCCGCAGUGUUAAAAAGUUACAUGGGAACAUUUGAUUUUUCAUCUACCCCUAUGGAUAUGGCGUUGAGGAAAUUACUCAUGGAAGUUGAACUUCCCUCAGAAACCCAACAAAUAGAUCGUGUUCUUCAAGCUUUUGCGGAUAGAUAUCAUGAAUGCAACCCUUUUAUAUAUCAAGAUUCUGACCAAGCGUAUUAUGUUGCGUUCUCGUUGAUAAUGUUGCACACCGAUUUCUUCAACAAAAAUAACAAACGAAAAAUGCAGAAGCAAGAUUACAUCAAGAACACCUCUCAGGCAAUAUCAAAUGAGGGCAUCUCUAGUGACAUUCUAGAAUGUUUUUAUCACAACAUCACUUAUACACCAUUUAUCAGAAUGGAGGAUGAGUUUGAUAUCAACGGGGAGAAAAUUGUGCCACAUAGACCAAAGCGGGGGAUAUUCAACAGGGGAAAUCAGGAUGGAAAGCGACUCAAGGAACCUGUCGAUCCUUACACUUUAAUUAUUGACAAUCAACUGGAUAUUCUGCGACCGAGUCUGAAAGAUGUAGUGCAGAUUGAAGAUCCGUAUAGUUACACUGGGACAGCAUCGCGCCUGGAGAUGAGUUCCUUACACAGGGCAUUCUUUCGCUCGGGGGUUCUACAGAUCAUGUCUGUACGCUCAAGGCCCGAUGCAUUCUUAUCGCCAUCAACUACAGAGAACCCGGAAGGUGCUGAUCCUGGAGUAGUGGAAAUCAAAGUGACGAAGGUUGGAGUUUUGUGGAGGAAAGAGAUGAAAAAGAAGAAAACAAGGAGUCCAUGGCAUGAGUGGGGUGUUAUUCUGACAGGCUCACAGCUUUACUUUUUCCGGAAUGUUAGUUGGGUCAAGAAUUUAAUGACACAAUAUGAAUCGCACCAUAAGCACAACACUGGGACCCCGGUAAUUUUCAAGCCACCACUUGAACAGUUUAAACCUGAUGCGCAGAUAUCAACGGAUGAUGCAGUGGCUUUGUUGGAUAAAACUUACAAAAAACAUAAGCACGCAUUUGCUUUUAUUAGGCAUGGUGGUAUGCAGGAGUAUUUUAUUGCGGAUUCUGAGGCAGAGAUGAAUGAUUGGUUGGCAAAGCUGAAUUAUGCAGCGACGUUCCGAACGGCAGGAAUCAGGAUGAGGGGCGUCAUUGGUGGAAAUUACGAGGGGCAGAGGACAAGAGCGAUUAGGAGGGCUGAUGGGGUUCCUGAUACGCCAACAUCCACGCAUUUUGUUCAAACACCCUCUGGAGAAGUUUCUAUUCUCAGAGGAGGGAUAGACACCAAGCUGGCGGCGGAAAUCUCAGCUGCCCGACGAGAGGUAAUUGAGCAUAAGAUCACUGAUUCAGAGGAAAAAUUGGCGACUACAAACCGUCAGUUACAAACACUCCUAAGAAACGCUAGGCAUCUCUCUAUCCUCACCCCGAUUCAGCCAAAAACAAGAGAGCAAGCAGUAUUAGCUGCAGGAUCGUUGGCCGCAAAGUUGCAAUGGGUUAGAAUGGAAAUGUGGAAGUUAAGGUGUCAUCGUGAUAUUCUGGCAAUGGAUAUGGACGAGGAGCGGAAAUCGGCGAAAGAACAGAAGAAAAGGAAUCUUGAGAUUAAUACGCCCAGUGCCAGUGCUCAGAACUCACCUGCCGGAUCAAUACGCGAAGCUACACCGCCAACUUCUGGUGCGCCAACCCCUACUCAAGCAAUGUUUACACCACCCAAAGCCGCGGCUUCAAUUGGGGAGGACAUUACUCAUGUUAUCUCCAACACAUCUAGCACUAAAAAUACAUCUACAGCGUGGGAAUUUCCCCGGAGAGACCCUGAACAGAAUGAAAGAACGUCAUUCUCUUCGAACUUACCUCGCACACCGUCGGUCUCAUCGCUAGGAAACUCGAGGGCGGAUAUUGCGACCACUAGUAAUGAUCAUGCUAGCAUCGAUACUGGACGUAGCUAUCGUUCACCUUCGGUAUCCAGCUUUGGCGGGGAUGCAGAUGCAGACAAAGAUGAGGAGAAAGAUGAGAAGAAAAAGAAGGAGAAGAGCAAAGGAAAAGACAAGGAGUCAGGCAGACCAAAGAUCCGGAAAAGUCUCCACAGAACUCUCAGAGAAACCCAAGGUCUUGGACAUCGUAGAGGUAAAUCAAAGGAUGUCUCUAGUGAGGAUGGUAAUCAGUCCGGAGAGAAGUAUCCCGGUGACACCGAAGGGCUGGCUCGUGGAUCUGGAAGUUUUACAGUUCACGGGAAGAAAGCUAGCGUUAUUACUUUCGGUUCGGAAUGGCAGAAUAUGACUGCAGAGGAUAGACUGAGAAGAAAAAUACCUGGGACAGAAUCAGAUACAGAAUCCGGGCUAGUACCUAACACGGGCUUUAUUAGCCGAAGAAGUUCGCAACAAGUCCAGCCUACUACAGCUCUGAGAGAAGAUGGAGAGGAUACUUUGAUACCGCAACUGCCCGCAACUUUGCCAGCAAGUAGGCGUGGUUCUCACAUUGGUCAUAUAAUGCCAAUGAAAGGGGAGGAUGAUCUUCCAGAUAUGCCAGAUGACCUGAGUGCACCUGGUGCAAAGGAGAAGUUGAUUGCAGCGCUGAACGGGGUGAAAGCUAGUGAGAAUGCACCUGUGGCAUCAGAGACAGACACCCCUGGUGCCUCUACAGAGUAA